AUGAAUCACACAGGAAUGGGUGGUGCUACAGCACAGCAUUAUCAGCAGGUUGCAGCACAAAUGCAUUCUUAUAUGAAUGGUGGCCAUCAUCACCAUCAUCACCAUCAUUAUUAUCCAAACUAUAGUGGAGGUAUGAAUAAUGUUUAUGGAGGUAUGUUUAAUCAUCAAGGAUUAAAUAUGCCUGCAGCAGCAUCAAAUGUUAUUUCAUCAGGAAUGAAUCGAAUUGGAAUACCUGCUCCAUUAGCUCAUAAUAUUGGCGGGGUAGCCGCUAACUUUAUGAAUAAUCUUUUCACUUGA